CAACAAGCGCGAGAGACGCGCGAACGCCGAGAGCAGUUCGCGACUGACCGUCGUUUUGGAAAGUGCGCGCACGCGGCCGUUUCAGUCGAGCGUUGUCGUUAGCCAAAGCAAAAAAACAACGCCGUUUUCCGGAUCGCACGCACCCACGCACAAAUACCUAGUUUGUUGUAGUUCCCGGCGGGUGCACUCUCGCCGCCAAGGAUAGCACCGAACGCGCCGCCGAAUAUUCAACAAGUAGAUAAAUAUCCUGCAUCAAAAUGCCACGACACAAGGAAUCCUUCCUGGCGAAGAACCUGCUCACCAUGUUAACGGUGGCGGGUGUCUUGGGCGGUACAAUUUUGGGUUGUGUGCUGCGUAACGCACAGCAAGAACCAUGGACGCCACGUCAAGUUAUGUAUCUGCAGUUCCCAGGAGACAUUUUUCUGCGGAUGUUGAAAGCGCUUAUCAUCCCGCUUUUAGUUUCCUCCGUCAUUGGUGCAAUUGGAUCUUUAGAUCUCAGUCUUAGUAAGAAAAUUGCAGCAAGAUCGAUUAUCUUCUAUGCGACAACGACGGUAUGCGCUGUCAUUUUGGGCAUUAUUCUGGUAAUCACAAUUAGACCUGGAACCAGCGCCGCUGCUGAUUAUGCCGAUGUCAAAUACACGAAACCCGCUGUUCGACAGGUGCUCACACAGGAUACCCUUUUAGAUUUAAUCAGAAAUCUUUUCCCACCGAAUUUGGUACAUGCCACCAUUGCACAGACCCAAACCAAACUGAUAGUACCAGAAAAUGCAACCGGAAUUCCAUUGGAAAACUGGAAAUUUGUAGAGGUGUACGAAGGCACAACCAAUGUUCUUGGUCUCGUUGUCUUUGGUGUCGUAAUGGGUAUUAGUUUGGGCAUGAUGGGCGAACGUGGCAAACCCCUUUUGGUAUUUUUCGAAACUCUUAGUGAGGCUAUGAUGAUCAUCACCAGCUGGGUUAUUUGGAUAUCACCCCUUGGUGUGUUCUUCUUGGUGUCCGCCAAAGUAAUGGAGACGGAAUCAUUUGGUGAUCUUGUGGGACGUCUUGGGUUAUACUUUAUGACUGUCAUGUUGGGCCUUUUCCUUCAUGGAUUUGGAACAUUGUCGGUGAUUUAUUUCGUCUGCACGCGUACGUUGCCCUUCACCACGAUCGGAAAGCUUAGUCAAGUGUUGGUUACUGCAUUUGGUACAGCGUCAAGUUCUGCAACGAUGCCAAUUACAAUCCAGACAUUGGACCGGAUGGGAGUUGAUCCGAGAGUUACCAGAUUCGUCAUUCCCGUCGGAGCUACAAUUAACAUGGACGGUACAGCUCUGUACGAAGCCGUUGCAGCCAUUUUUAUUGCUCAAUUCCGAUCCAUUCCGCUGAGUUUCGGCCAGGUCGUUGCUGUCAGUAUUACAGCAACUGCUGCAAGUAUAGGAGCAGCUGGUAUUCCACAAGCAGGUUUGGUAACGAUGGUAAUGGUAUUGGAUACAGUAGGCCUACCAGCUGAAGAUGUAACCCUUAUCCUUGCAGUUGAUUGGCUGCUGGAUCGUUUCCGCACCACCAUCAACGUGAUGUGCGACUCGCUGGGGGCACGUCUCGUGGACAUGCUCAGCAAGGGCGAGCUGGGCCGAGUCAGCGACAAUGAUAAGAACAACGCCGAUCCACACGAACUCGUUGAGAUCGCCAAGGAUACAACGCACAUAUAAACGUCGUCUGUAACGCCGCCAUCACGAUUAUCACGCAAUCACGAAUUCUCAUUGUUCUUCGUGCCAAAAACAAAAACAAACACAUACACUCACAAAACGCUAAACACGCAAAAAACGCAAAGCAAAGCUAAAACACGUUCGAUGUAAAUGUUACAUGUUGCAUGUUGUAUUUAUUAUAUUAUCGAUGCACCACUGUACGCCGUGCGUCGGCCGUGUUCACCUGUAAGAGAAUGUAAAAUCUAAGGAAACGUAUAAGUGUUACUUAUUCAUUUAAUUUUAGAACUAAAAGAAAAAAUCAAACGAAUGCAUUUCAACUCAAGAGAUUAGUAUCUAGACGCAGCGCCAUUUUUGAAAAUAAUCGCGCGCAGAGACAAUAACGAGUGACAUUUGGAACGAUUUACAAAAACUCCACGAAAUUCAGAUCAAAAUUUACGUAAAAUAUAGUACUCUAUAACUAUUUUUGUCUAACAUUUAUCAAACAUUUACGAAAUUCAAAAUAUCAGUGUUUUCCAUCAAUGUAAAUAUGUAUUAUCUAAAUGUUACCCGCAAAUCAUCACAAAGUUUAGUAUUAAUUAUGUGACUAUGAUAAAAAACACUUCUUAUUCUAUUCACGUUGCCAUAUUGCAUUCGAUAAAGAUAUUAGUUAGCCGUUAAUUGAUUAAUUGUUUUGAAAGACAAGUUGAAAUAUUUUAGGAGUGGGACCAAACCAAGCGAGCGAAAUUUUUCGAAAUUUUAGAUUUGUACUGCAUAGCCGAAGAAACGAUAAACAAAAUCGAAAAAAUAUAAUGUUAUUGAUUAGAUGAUUAAUGAUUAGUUAAUGAAUUAUUAUUAAUAUAUUAUAGUCUCGAAGACAAUAAACUGCCUUUUACUAUUUA